GAGGAUACACUAUGUUGGUCAUCUCCAAUAUUUACCGCCCGCCAUCAUGGAAGUACAACUGUACGAUUCUACGUAUUGUAGGUUAUGUGCUGAAAAUAAUUCCAGUGGAGUUUUUUUAUAUUCUUCCGAAGAUUCAGAGCCAGAUUUAAGUACCCUUAUAAAUAAGUACCUUCCUCUUAAGGUUUGUGAUGAUGGCAAGCUUCCGAGGACGAUAUGCCCCGGGUGUAACAUACAGUUGCAGGCCACUGUUCAGUUUUUUGAUCUUUUGGUGGAAGGGCAGAAAAAGAUUCGCGAGUUGUGGAAGCAACAGGUAGAACAUCAGAAACAAAUUGAGAAAGCUGGAUUGGGAGCUACAGAAAUUUUGCUUACAUCUGCAUCUCUUGAGGACCCGAAUGCAGCAAGUUAUGAUGGAGAAAACAGGGUCGUUAUACAGAUCAUGGCAGAUGGAACAGGAGCAUUGUUUCGUGCAGAACACGAAAUCAGUCUCAAAAUGGAAGGUUUGGAUAGGCCGAGGCCCAAAAAAGGUCGUCCUAAGAAAAGUGAAGCAAAAGCAAAGGAAAAAGAAAUUGUUAAAGAAAAGUCCCCAGAGCCAGAAGAGGAAUCAAAAGAAGAUGAAGGAGAUUUGGAUGGCAGGCGGCGUAGGAAAAGAAAAGUUCCUAAGAGGUUUACUGAAGUGAUUCGUGGUAAAGAAUUGGAAAGAAUGUUUAGAGAAGAAGGAGUUAUAGAUGAAGAUGACCAGGAUGAAGGAAGUGAAGAAUCUGAAGAGAAAAUAAAAGCUGACAGUGAUGCUGUUGAAGGAGCUGAAAUUAUAGGCCAUCUCGAAACACCUGAAGGUCAGGAUCUUGGUGAGCUCGUAAUUGUAAAUAAAGCAAAAGGAAAAGGCCGUCCAAGGGGCAAACGCCGUAAAAGUCGUUUCCAGUGUGAGAUAUGUGGCCGAUCAUUUCUCCAUCGGCGGCGUUAUUUCUUACACAAGAGCUUCCAUAAAGGUGUUAAAUAUGAAUGUACUGAAUGCCAAAAACGCUUUAGUUGUAAAGAAUACAUAGAAUUACACCAGAAGCAAACUGGACAUACUGGAGAAGGCAUUGUUGAGGGGCUAGAAGAUGGGGAGAAUGAAGAACACCCUGAACUUAAAUUAGAGACCAAGUUUACUUGCGAGCAUUGUGACAAGGCGUUUAUGACAAAACAUAGCUAUGAGAUGCACAUUAAGGCAAUACACGAGGGCAUUAAACCAUACGUGUGCGAAGUAUGUGGGAAAACAUUUGCAUAUGCAAAUAGCAUCAAGACCCAUAUGGCAAUACAUGAGGAACCUAAGUCUGACAAAGGAAUUCCAUGUGAGAUCUGUGGCAAAACUUUUAACCACACUAGCUCCUUAAUUUAUCAUAGAGAGGCAGACCACAAUAAUGGUCGUAGGUUUGUCUGUAAUAAAUGUGGGAAAGGCUUCAAACAUAAGCAGCUCCUACAGCGACAUCAGUUAGUCCAUUCUGAUAACAGACCAUUUGCAUGUAAAACUUGUGGUGCAACAUUCAAGGCAAAAGCAAACUUGUUAAAUCAUAUGCCGACACAUACAGGAGAGAAAAAGUACUUCUGUGAGCUGUGUGGUCAUCAGUUCGCACAUAAAACUAGUCUCACAUUACAUUAUAGAUGGCACACAGGUCAAAAGCCUUAUCAGUGCCAUGUAUGCAAUAAAAGUUUCUCACAAAAUGGAAAUUUACAAGAACACCUGAGAAUACACACAGGAGAAAAACCUUUCUGUUGUGACUUUUGUGGCCGAAAAUUCACAACAUCAUCACAGUUUAAACUCCAUGUAAAAAGACAUACAGGGGAAAGACCGUGGAAAUGUGAGUACUGCAAUAAAUCCUUUCUUCAUAAAGACACAUGGAAGUGUCAUACCAGAAGGCAUAGAGGUGAGAGACCGUUUCAGUGUCAUUACUGUGCUAGAGGCUUCACGGAACAGUGGGCACUGAAGAAACAUUUACGUCUCCACACAGGUGAGAAACCAUAUACGUGCAAUAUUUGUGGGAAAGCUUUUGCUGACUGCUCAAAUCUCACAAAACAUAAAAAGGUACAUAGGGAUCCUAAAGUAGACAAUGCUUCCAGUAGCUCUGCUUCAGUUGACCGAACAGUUUGGAAUAUAAUACGUAAUCACUUGACAAAGGAAGAUGGACAGGAAGGUGGCAGUGAAGUAACAACCACAGAAGCACAAGGGAACAGCGUUGAGCAAAUCAUAUAUGUUACGUACCAGGAUCCUGAUGAUCCAAAUGAAGCAAGAACACUCCAUUUUGUAGAAAAUGUUGAGGCUCCUCCAGAACAGCCAUCUACUGAAGCUAUACUUCAGGAGACUACUUCAAAUACUGCCUCUGUUGAAAAUAAGAUAGAACUGCCACCAGAAGCAACAUACCAGAUAGAAUCAGCCCCUCAUGCACUCCAAGUUAUGGAUGAAGAUGGUAAUCCUAUCCAAUUUACAAUGCAGGAUGGAAGAGCAUUGCAGAUUACUACAGUUGAUGGUCAGGCAAUCCAUGUUACUACACCAGAUGGACAAAGCAUUCCUGUGCAGUUAGCAACAUCUGGUACUCAAGUUUUCUCGGGGGAGAUAGCAUCCCAACUUGAUAGUAUUUCAGAAGCAACUUCUGAGCAGUCAGAGGCAAAGCAAGUUGUUGUCACUGCACCUCAGGGUGAGCAGGUCAGUCUUAAUGAACAUGUUCCAGAUGUGGAAGGUGAAAAUAUUAUGGGUGAGCAAACUAUUGAAUUUACUACUCCUGAUGGCCAGAAGCUGAGAUUGGUUGCCUCCUUGGGGCCAUUUACCAGUGAGUUUUAAUAAUUCCAUGUACAUGUCACUAAGAUUGUGUGAAUUGAACAAAUUGUCAUUUUGAGUGUAUCAUGCUUUUAAUUGAAGUAUUUCCAGCUGUAAUUAAAAUCAUGUUGUUAUAAGACUGGAAUGUGUAAAAAAAUAUAAUCUCCUGUAUUUAAAAAAAUGUACAUACGGAUUUAGCAUGCAACUCUGAUUGCAUUGAUAAACCAGUAUUUGUAAAUUAGAAAGUUGUUUGUAU